AUGGAAUUAUCGUUGGUGGCCCAAUUUGACGAGCUGCGGCGUUCGUGCGAUGUACUGCGUGACGGGGCGGCCGAAAUAGAGUUUCUGCGCUUCGUCCAGCUGCAGGACGAAUGCCGGACGCAGUGGUUGAAAUUGACCGAAGAAACCCAACGCCUGCAGCGGGAGCAGGACAAUGCGCUGCGCAGCAUAUCGAACCUGGAGUCGAAACUAUUCCAUGCCCGUAAGCUGCUUGAAACGGAGUCGAAAGCCCGUCGACUGGCGGAAAAAGAGUGCGAUACGAUGGAACACAAGAUGAUGGCCGUGUUUGAUAUCGUGCGCAAUGAGCAAACCCUGCGCGACGAGACCCGCGUCCGGCUGGCACAGUAUGCGGCGGAACCUAGCCGCAAAUCUCGCCAUGGCCACAGCCACCUGGACCGCGAAAUGGAAAACAAUUUCAACUCAAGCGGAUCGUUUAUGUGCGAUCUGUCGCUUACACAGUCGGAAGACGAUUUACUUGAGCCUUUGAAGGUGCAGGCAAAGCGAAAGACCUGGAAGAAGCACCGACCUUCGUACACGAACAACAACAACAGCUUUAAGAGUCCCCAGCCACCAGAAGUGAAACGGGUAGAAAUAAAUUCGGCAGCAACUACGAAAGACUACGGUCGGGUUGGAGUAGAGGGAGAAAUCAUUGCCCACGCCAAGGUUAGCGUGCCGACAGGCAUUGACGGUGGGCCCAUCCUCGCUGAAUCUACAUUCCGCACAACGGCACCGCAACAGCAGCAGCAGCACCUUGCGGUUCCACUAUCCAGCUGUCCGUCGCCGAGCUCGACAGCGGCCACUGUCAUUAAUGUUGCACCGACCGUUGAUCUGAAGCAAACCCCGACGAAAGCGAUCAUCCAACGGCAGCACGAUCUGUGCGGUAAGACCUUCCUCACUUCGGACACUUGCAAUCAAUGCCAAGAGCGGAUCCGUUUCGGCAGCAACGGCUUACGAUGCCGUGGGUGUAAGGCAAACUUCCACAGCUAUUGCCGCGACAAGAUAUCAUUUCCGUGUGCUCCGCAGCAAGCGAAAGGAUCCGCCCGCCGUGGAACGGUCGCGGCCACCGCAGCAGGAGCGACGCCGCAGGCUCCCGGGGCCCUGUCGCUCCUUGAAGACUACUGCCCUUCGUCGAGCCCUCGCAUUCCCGCACUGAUCGUGCACUGUGUGAGCGAGAUCGAAAAUCGUGGCCUUGCCGAGGUCGGCCUUUACCGGAUGUCCGGUGCAGAGCGAGAUGUACGAACGCUAAAGGAAAAGUUUCUACGAGGCAAAUCCAUUCCUGCGCUCGGGCAACUCGACAUUCAUGUGCUGUGCGGUUGCAUUAAGGACUUUUUGCGUACGCUGCGUGAACCGCUCAUUCCGGCAUCACUGCUGCCCGAGUUUUCGCGCAUCGUUGCCAACAAUCCGAGCCCGAACAAGGAGCGCGUCCGGGAGCAGAUGUGCCAGAUCAUAGAGCGCAUGCCGACCGCGAACCGGGACACCCUUGCCUUCCUGAUGUUGCACUUUCAGCGAGUGGCUCAGUCGGCGGCCACCAUGAUGCCGGUGGACAAUUUGUCACGCGUUUUCGGGCCCACCAUCUGCGGCUACUCGCGCCCUGAUCUUGGCAUGCAAGAUACGUUCGCGGAAACGAUUGUACAGUUCAGCAUUGUGCAGACGAUGCUCAGCAUCGCCACGGACUACUGGAGCCAGUUCAUCACAUUGCAAACGGGAUCGAAUACCGACGUAGAGAAUAUACCGCCCGCGCCCAACACGCAGCGCAACGUCGGUCAGCAGCCGUCGAUGGUUGAUAAGGCGCGAUACCAGGAAACACCAAUCUUGCGUCGACCACGCAAAGAUAGAAAGUACUACGCGACGCCACCGUAUCGAACAUCUAAGGAGAAUUGA